GGCGGGACUACACUUGAUAGGAGGGAAGUGUAAUUAUGGGGCGGGGCAUGGCGGGGCUGUGGCCACUCCCAGCGCCAGGACCUGUAUGGGGCGUGGUCACGCCCUGUGGCCCCUCCCCACUACGGAGUCAACCGCGUGCGACUAUUUGGGGGCGUGGCCAGAAUCAGGGGCGGGGCUUGACGGGAAAGUGAGCAAUCCUAGCGCUAGGCUCUUAGCAGGAUCUAGCCUGUGCCCACUUUGUGGCUUGUCCAAGCCCUGCGCUAGGCUUGGGGGCGUGACCAGAACCAAGGCAUAACCUAAAGGGAAGUUGACCAAUAGGAGCCCUAAGGGGCGCGGUCGUGGCCAAUCAUGUGAAUCUGAGAAAAGCGCAAGGGGUUCUGGGGGCGUGGUCAGGCUUGUAGAACCUCGGGAUCCGGACCAAUCCUCGUGUUAGCUUCUGAGUAGGGCGGGGCCUGUGUCGAAGGAGUGGCCAAUCCCGUUGCCAGAGCCAGAACUGGGAGCGCCGCCGGAGGACGGGGCCAACGUGGGGGCGUGGUCUGUCAAGACCUUGGCCAAUCUUGGAGCUAGACCGGGCUCAGGGGUGGAGUUUCGAGGUGCCGGAACAAGCGAGGGUGUUUGGGUUUGAGGAGGGCGUGACUCAGCCCUGGGGGCGGGGCCUAGCCGGAGCCAGGGCCAAUCGUGGGCCUCUGGGGGCGUGGUCCGCCAGGGGGCGGGGCCGGGGCCGGUUCCGGGCGUCCCGGGGGCGUGGCCGGCUGAACCCGGGCCGGGGCCAUGUCUGCGCCGCCGCCCCUGCAGAUCCGCGAGGCGAACGCACACCUGGCGGCCGUGCACCGGCGCGCGGCCGAGCUGGAGGCGCGGCUGGACGCGGCGGAGCGCACGGUGCGCGCCCAGGCCGAGCGCUUGGCUCGCCACGACCAACAGCUGCGCGCCGCCCUAGACGAACUGGGCCGCGCCAAGGACCGGGAGAUCGCCGCGCUCCGAGAGCAGCUGCUGACCUCUGAGGCCACCGUCCACAGCCUGCAGGCUGCCGUGCGCCAGAGGGACGAGCUCAUCGGGCAGCUGCACCCCCGGGCCAGGCUGCUGCAGGACAUCUGUCGCCGCCGGCCACCCCUGGCUGCGCUGCUGGCCGCCCUGGCUGAGGCCGAGCGCCUGGGGCCCCUGCCAGCCAGUGACCCCGGCCACCUGCUCCCUGGCGGGUCCAGUCCACCCGUUGCCAACAGCACUGGGGAGGAGGGCGACGGGGAUCCCCUGCAGCCUGCAGUGUUUGGGACAACAGUGUGAGCCCUGGGGCACAGAUUCCAGAAUGGAGACGCAGGGCCCCAAGGGGGCCUUUUCCCAUCUCUGUGGGUGUCCUCGGGGAUCAAGGGUAUCCCAGAGGGGAUCCCGUGGCAGAGCCCUGAUCCUGUCCAGGCACCAGAACCUGCUAAGAAGUUACAGGUUUCAAACGGGCGGCCUGCAGGCCAAAUGCAGAUGUUAGCCCAGACCGUUUUUUUUUUUUAAACCCGAAACUUUGAGUCAAUCACCGUUGUUGAAACACUGGCGGCGCUAACGCAAAAAUCUGGAUUUCUGGCUUCAGACUUGGCCAUGCCUGCCUGGAUCUGAGCCCAGGGUAUCCUCUUUAGCCAGAGUCUGAGUUUCAGUUGGCCCCCUCUUCUCUCUUAGGGCCAGAUGUCUGGCCCUGAAGCAUGUGAGUUUGUGACCUCUCUUUCUCUAGUGGAGGCAGAUGGUAUCAAGUUCCACAUGAUUUGAGUUUUUCUCCCAUUUUUGCCUGCCCCGCCCCCCCGCCACCCUGAUUCUUGUUCUUCUGUUAGCAUCCCCCAUCCUAGGGCUAAAGCUUUUUCUUACUCUUCAUCCCAGACCAGAAUUGGGAGCCUCGAGCUUUGUGCCAUUUUGCACUGGUUAUCUGAAGACAAAUUUUUAAUCCUAGAGAUAUUUUUUUCUUAACUCUGUCCUUCCUUCCACCUUUAACGCAGAAGGAAGAGUGCGUGGGUCAGACAUGCUGAGAUGCUGGUGGCCUGGCUGUGCUGCCCAGGGAAACUCAGGCAUCCCUUAGUCUUUUCUGAUAGCAUCCUGCCUCAGGGCCUUUGCACUGGCUGUUUCCUCUGCCUAGAAUGCUCUUUCCUCCCGAUGUCACAUGACUGGUUCCUUGUCACUCAGGUCUUUGCUCAAAUGUCACCUCCUCAGAGAGGCCUUCCCUGACCCCCUUAUCUGUAGUAAUUCCUCUCCCUGCUCCCUCGCUGUUAGCCCAUUCAGUUUUCCUUAUGGAACGUUUUACCAGCAGGGUAUGAGCUUCAUGAGGUUUUUGUUCUGUCACCAGUGCCUGGCACACCCUGAACUCCAGUAGGAACAGGAUGGGUCUGUGGGCCCUGAAGGGAGCCAGGGGUCUCCAGCACAUCUGAUGAGGGCCCCCUCCACACAUCAGUCCAGCUUUUGUACCAAGAAGCUGGCUCCUUUUGAAACUCUCUAGAGAAUGUAUCCUUUUUUUUUUUUUUUGCUGAGGAAGAUUAGCCCUGAGCUAACAUCUGUGCCAAUCUUCCUCCACUUUAUAUGUGGGUCGCCGCCACAGCAUGGCUGAUGAGUGGUGUAGGUCUGUGCCCAGGAUCCAAACCUGUGAACCUGUGCUGCCGAAGUGGAGUGCACCAAACUUAACCACUCAGCCACGGGGCCAGCCCCUGGAGAAUCUAUUUUUUAACUCUCAUUUCUACACUGCCCUUCCCGGCCCGAGAUGCUCAGGGUGCCUUGCUUUUUAUCAAACCAGGGAAGCCUGUGCCUUUCUCUGCCCAGCCCAAGUGCCCAGCCUGGUACCACGGCAGCCGCUUCCAGGCCUCCUUACUCAGGGAAUUGUCAUAGCAGGAACUGCCGAGGGGCAGGGCCCCCGUCAGCCCGGAAAGGUCGACGUCCAUCCCCAGCCCUCAGGCUGGCGCCGCCUGCCUGCCUGGCGCCUGACAGUGACCCCUCAGUGUGGUGACAAUGGCCCCGUUUUCUCUGGAUGAAUAAGGGGGGGCUGUUUGGAUGAGGGGGAGGCAGGCUGGGGCCUGUCUGAGCUCAAGAAUAAACCGGGUGACUUCUCGGCCUCGGUCCUUCCUCCUUUUCUCCUGUGCGGGGGCUGGAAAGGUGGUCCCUGUGCCGUUCCUGGUCUGGGGGGGCAGCCCCGCUGGGGGAGGAGACGCAAGGAGGGCAGGAGGGCCUGGGCCACGGCCAAUGUUUGGAGGCAUCAGUGUUGAAAUGCUCAUUCUCUUAAAGAUGAGGAGAUGCCACAACAGAGCUAGAACAACUGUGAUUAUAUUUUACAUUUUUCUGUAGAAAAAAAAACUUUGAUGUCUGUAACAGGCAUUAAAAACACAAUGGAGUAUUUCUCUGCCUACCCGAAGGGUGUCGGCCUGCAGCAAGCCCUCAGCGUUUUCACAGUGGAAUGCCACUGCGGUCUCACGAAACUGUUAGGUCAGCGGUGGCUCGAAUCACACGGCCGGUCGCUUGUCAUCCACGGCCUGGUUGCUGGCUGCAGCAUGGUGGUGUGUGUAAAUUCAAGCUGGGAAAAGCCUCUGACGGUCCCCAAGCGUCCUGGGAAACCCAGUGUUCUUUUCCAUCCGGCCUGGCAGUGGAACGCUCUCGCUUGGCAGAGAUGUCCAAAAGCUAAAGCGAAGGCCUCCUGUGACGGUGG